AUGUGGUGCAGCCGAGCUCAGUGCGCCCUCGCCCUGCUCUCCAUCGCUCUGGCAAUGCUGAGUGCGGGCGCCGCUUCCACAGCCGACAGGUACCGCGAACUCCUCCAGACAUCCGUGGCUGCCGCAGAGCCCCGGAGUAAAGCGGAACUGUCCAAAAACAAUCUUAUCCACUUGAUCUCGGAGCUGGGCCACGACGAGAACGAAACCUUGGAUGGGCAGGAUUUGCCAGAGAAGCGGAGCAACGUUCAGAAUCCACCAGUCGCACCAAGAUCGACUGAUACGGACUGCGUUAACUUCGCCAAGUGUUAA